AUGUAUCUCCCACGCGAGCUGAUCUCGCACUUGUACAACAAUCUACUCAGAUCUCAUCAACCGUCUUCAUCCCCUGUUCUGAUCAUAUCUUCUCUCGAAACGGACGCGAUAUGUGCGUGUCGAGUCCUUACAAGCCUCUUCAGACGCGACUACGUCUCCUAUCGAAUCCAGCCAGUAGCAGGAUACGCAGACUUGCAGAAUGUUGGAGAGAGACUAGUCCGACCUAUGAAAACAAGUGAAGGAGGAUCUGGUGGUGUGGUGAUAUGUCUUGGUGUAGGUGGACUUGUCGAUUUGGCCAGUCAGCUUGGAUUGGAAUCUGAAGAGGAGGAUGACACGGGAGAUGUCGAAGUCUGGGUAUUGGACGCAAGAAGACCGUGGAAUUUGUCCAACGUGUUUGGAGGCCUUUCUUACGCAAGCAAUACGAGUUCGACCUCCUUACCACGACGAACACCUGGAGUAGAGAAAGGCUGCAUUCAAAAAUCCUACAGGUCUGGAAGAGGUGGUAUUAUUGUCUUUGACGACGGCGAUAUUGUCGAUGAGCUUUCAGCUGAGCAAGAUGCUUUCUAUUCGUUGGCUGAAAUGCCAGAAGUGGAUGAUGACCUAGAAGAUGAGGAAAGUGAGGAUGUGCAGGACGAUGAUUCGCAUGGCAGUUCUCAGUCACGGAAACGUAAAUCAUGGUCAGAUCGAGACGAGUCGGACGAUGAAGAAAGGCCACAGCAGCGACGGAGAAGUAAUUCAAACUCAACCAUUGCCUCACACCGAAGUCAUUCACAAUCACCAACACUACAACCUAAACCGAAAGAGCCGUCGGCCAAAGACCUACGGAAGAAGUUACAAUCAUUAAGAAUAUCACAUGAAAAAGUGUUGCAAGACUACUACAGUCUGGGCACAUCCUACUCCGAGCCAAUAUCAUCACUAGCAUAUUCUCUGGCGUCUGAGCUAGGUAGGGAGGACAAUGACCUUUUAUGGCUCGCAAUUGUUGGAGUCACAUCUCUCGAACUUUCUGGUCACACUAGUACUGGUUUAGGUACACCGCAUGCUAAACCAGAUAUCUCGCGCGGAUUGACACACAGUUGGCGAAUGAAUAGAUCAUCGAGGACUUACGCUUUGCUCAGAGAUGAGACAAGACGUUUGAAUCCUCCUACAAACGGACGACAAUCACUUUCGAGCUCGAGACCACCAGUCACAUCAGCGACGGAUUCCUCAAUACAACUUGUUCCCGAUCCUAGGUUUAUGCUUCUGAGACAUUGGUCGUUGUACGAAAGCAUGUUACACUCACCCUACCUCGCGUCACGGUUGCACGUAUGGAACGAAUCUGGAGUCAAAAGAUUGCACAAACUACUGGCGAAGAUGGGCAUCAGCUUGCAACAGUGUAAGCAAGGAUAUAUGCAUAUGAACGUGGCUGUUAGGGCUGAUCUGCGGGAACGGCUACUGAAAUAUGCAAAUAUGUAUGGUCUUGAAGAGCUCGUACCAGUUGGAGAAGGAUCAGCCACAUAUGAACAAGAAGGCUGGGGAUUUCUUCGAACUUGGGGAUGGAAAGCGCAACUUAGUGCUGUCGACGUCAGUAUCAUUGUGAGCGCUAUCCUUGAAGUCGUCACUCCGGCAAAGACAGCAAGAACAAGUGAUUCAUCAACACAGCAGACGGACGUUGAUGAAGUGGCUGACAGAUCGGAAGCUCUUGUGCAAAAGUAUUUCCAGGCAUUCGAUGCUCUUGCACCGAAUCAUCCUAAUUUACUCCUGGCAGCUGUACCAAAAGCCCAAACUCUUCUACGAUCAAUUCAUCGAACUGGAUCGCAAUUACUGAACAAGCAUCAACUUCGCCAUCUCCGAGCCUUUCGUAUGGGUGUUGUCAAGGAUGGGCCUGAUUUGAGUCUUUUCGCAAACUCACCUGGUGCGUUAGUCAAGCUUGCCUUGUGGGUAGCAGAAGCUGUGGCUGUAAGCGAAAGAGACAAGAAGGGUACAAAUGCUGCAAUACCUUUCGUUUUAGCUGCACUCGAUGAAGCCAGGGGAACAUACGUCGUUGUUGGCACCGGAGGUGGUAUUGGUUCGGGAGAAGACCUCGAAGCACGUAAGGAGAAAGCUGAUAGGAAAGCUAAGAAGCAGGCGGAACGAGAAGUUAAGAAAAAGGUUAGGGAGGAGAAACGAGCAGCACGACGAUUACAGGCCGAGCUCAAUGGUGAGAGUGACGACGAGGAGGAGAGCGAGGAGGAAGAGGAGUCUGAUGAUGAAGAAGUGGAAGAGCAAAGGACUAGAGAACAAGAGAAGCGAGGAUAUGGAAGGAACAGAUUUGGUAUUGCUUUCCAGGAAGUUGUGGAGGAAACACAAGCACGAGUCAAGAUAGAUAGUUUUGAUCAUUGUGUUGUUGAGGUAAAGAAGGAGGAUCUAGGCGGAUUUCUGGAAGGAUUGAGUCUGAAAAUUGUCCGGAGUGUCAAAUGUGGCUCUGGACAAGAUUCGUCCCUGACAAAUCAAACCCCGGUCCAGCGGAAGUGGGGCAUCAACCUUGGCAUUCAGUCUUCACUAUACUUCUUAGCAUCAACAUCCGCCUACUACCAUUCUUACAUAUCUCACAACCUCUUCAAAAUGCCACAAUCAUCCCUCUGGGUCAUCCCACCUCGUGACGAUCACCCAUUCAACAAAUCGCUCCUCUCACUAAUCCAAGAAACCAUCCCCUCAGAUUUCCCUCGUGUGCCGAAAUCCAACUUCAGGUUUCUCCCUCAUGUCACUGUAACUUCUGAGAUCUCACCGUCAACAUACGGCUCCGAUGCACAGUCCUGGCUAGAUAACUUGUCCCUGCCGACUGAAUUUCAGAAGGAAAAGGUCGAGCCGACGAUCGAGCUCGAAGAAAUAGAGGUGGGGGACGUCUUCUUCAGAAAACUCACGUUACGCGCAAAGAAGGAUGAGAACCUAGUCAAACUUGCGAGCGCGUGUAGAUCUCAAGGUUUGGGCAUUAGCGACGAAGAAGGGAAGAAGUGGGCGGAAAGUGAAUACGCUCCUCAUCUGAGUCUGAUGUAUGCUGAUCUGGAGAGAGCCGAGGUCCAGAAGAAAGUUGGCCUGGUGGAGUUGCAGCUGGGCUGGGAGUUUGGAAGUCUUUUCGAUUGUUGCGGGGGGACGUUGGCCAUGGGUGGACGAUUGGUGCUAGUCGACACGAGUGGAGACGUUGAAGGAUGGAAGGUGUUGGCUUCCAGGGAGUGUAAUUGGAUGAGGUGGACGAUGGCACGAGGACUAAUCUAG